AUGAGUCAAAAUGAGACAAUGAUUGAUUUGCAUCAGAAUGGUACCUGCGAAUGGGCUGUCUCAUGUUUGGUUCCUGUCCUGGUUAUGUUCCUGUAUUGGAAGUGAACAGUGUCUUGUAGAUGGGAUCCUGGCACAGUUUCUCACCCCUCCUCUCUUCCUCUGCCCCCCCCUCUCGGUCUUCUUCUCUCCAGGUAUCCGGCCCCAGAUCAUGAACGGGCCGAUGCACCCUCGCCCCCUAGUGGCCCUGCUGGACGGGCGCGACUGCACCGUGGAGAUGCCCAUCCUCAAAGACCUGGCCACCGUCGCCUUCUGUGACGCCCAGUCCACACAGGAGAUACACGAGAAGGUAGAGUAA